AUGACCGAGCGACUCGAACAGGAGGUGGUUACCGCUGCUACGGGCGGUGAGCCUCGUCCACUCAAGCGCGAACUCGAGUCUGAAGCUGCCCCUGCCAUUGACACUGAUGCUGCCGCACGUAGUAGCACCAUCGAGGCAAACACUGAAGAGCCCACAAGUGCCACUGCUGCUGCUGCUGAAACCACACCCAAACGCGCGCGCUUCGAUGCCAGCACCGCCAACAGUAGGGACGGCAAGAAAAACUGGGAGCGCAGAGAUCGACGUGGCACCGGUCGUGCCUCGGACUCUGCCCCUCACUCCGACUACCAUUCUGCCUCCACCUCCUCUUCCGCCACGGACCGCCUGCCCAAACGCAAGGUCGCCGUCAAGUUCGGCUACUGCGGCAUCGGCUAUUCUGGUCUGCAAAUCAACCCGGGCGUGAAAACCAUCGAGGGGGACAUCUUCGCCGCCUUCUGCACCGCCGGUGCCGUAUCCGCAGACAACGCCGUCAACCCGAACAAGGUUGGCCUGCAACGCGCCGCACGCACCGACCGCGGUGUGCAUGCUGCGGGCAACCUGCUCUCGCUCAAGUUGAUCUUGCAGCCCGAGGGGUUGAAGGAAGGCGAGACGCUGGUGGACAGAGUGAAUGCAUUACUGCCGGAGUUCAUUCGGGUUUGGGGGGUGACUCGCGUGCAGAACGGGUUCAAUGCGCGCCAGAGCUGCGAUAGUAGGAUGUACGAGUAUCUGCUGCCGACGUAUGUGUUUGUGCCGCCCAAGCCGGGGUCGACGAUGCACGCCAUGUUGGUCAAGAUGCGCGACGAAGAAAUCGCCAAGACAGGUUCCUCGACGUUGGAUGAAGUGGUCGCACACCCGUUCUGGGAGGCACAGGGAACAUCGCACGACUUUAGUACCGACAUGCUGGCCAAGAAGGCCUUCCGCUUGCCAGCGGCGUCGCUCGCGCGUAUCCGGAGCAUCUUCAAGCGCUACCACGGCUCGCACAACUUCCACAACUUCACUGUCGGCAAGGAAUUUCGCGACCGCUCGUGUCAGCGCUUCAUGAAGCAGCUGACCAUCUCGGAUCCCAAGGUGAUCGGAGAUACCGAGUGGGUCAGCAUCAAGUUCCACGGCCAGAGUUUCAUGCUGCAUCAGAUCCGCAAGAUGAUCGGCCUCUUGGUGUUGGUCGGGCGCACGGGGGCGGGCGAGGGGCUGGUCGACGAGUGCUUUGGCCCAGCGCGCGUACAUAUCCCCAAAGCACCCGGGUUAGGCCUUUUGCUUGAACAGCCCAUCUUUGACGCGUACAAUUCGAGGAUCCGCAACAACAACGACAAGAUCUCCAAGCUCAUCCGCAAGAAGUCGGGCUCUCAUACCGCGACGGAAGGGGAUAGCGCAGAGGCAGCGGGGGACAAGGAUGCGGGCAAGAGUUCGACGCUCGAGGACGAACUACGCGAGUCGAUCACCUACGCCCCGCAUGCCGGCGAGAUGGAGCGCUUCAAGCAGCAGUGGAUCUACGACCGCAUCCACUCGACCGAACAGGAGACGUACGAGUUUGGCAAGUGGCUCAAUUACCUCGAUGUCUUCCAGGGUCCCGACUUUGAGUUCCUCAACCCCAAGGGCGUCAUCCCAUCCCAGAGCAUCGUCAAGGUCGGCGAGUUCCACCGCGACAACCUUCGACGUGCUAAAGAGAACCAGCAGCAGCAGGGGAACAAGGAGGCUGGCAGCGAGCACGCCCAGCAGCACCUUGACGACGACGACGAGGACCAUGAAGCCUAUUCGAAAAAGGGCGCCGAACUGGACGAAUACGAAGGUUGA